CCCCCCCAACCCAGCUGAAUAGGCUGCGUUCUCUUGGAACGCGCAGCAGAACGAGGUUCUGGUGACCCUAGCCGCGUUCGCUCCUUAGUCCUUUCGCCUACCCACCGGCGUACCAGGCAGACCCACCCCGUCCUGUGCCAGGCAAGGUGACCCAUGGCAACGCGCAGGCCAGAUGGGUCCAGCUUCAACAUGACCCGCCUGUCCCUGGCUCUGGCUUUUUCCUUUCCCCCAGUUGCCAGUGAGCAACCCCACUCUGAGCUGGGCAACACCCAGCAACAGACAGAGUUAGGAAAGGAAAGCACUGCCACCGGCACCAUGCCCCACCCAUACCCAGCACUGACCCCGGAGCAGAAGAAGGAGCUGUCUGACAUCGCUCACCGCAUUGUGGCUCCGGGCAAGGGCAUCCUGGCUGCAGAUGAGUCCACCGGAAGCAUUGCCAAGCGCCUGCAGUCCAUUGGCACCGAGAACACCGAGGAGAACAGGCGCUUCUACCGCCAGCUGCUGCUGACUGCAGACGACCGUGUGAAUCCCUGCAUUGGGGGGGUGAUCCUCUUCCACGAGACACUGUACCAGAAGGCAGAUGAUGGACGUCCCUUCCCCCAAGUUAUCAAGUCCAAGGGUGGUGUUGUGGGCAUUAAGGUAGAUAAGGGUGUGGUGCCCCUGGCAGGAACCAAUGGCGAGACAACUACCCAGGGGCUGGAUGGGCUGUCUGAACGCUGUGCCCAGUAUAAGAAGGAUGGAGCCGACUUUGCCAAGUGGCGCUGUGUGCUAAAGAUUGGGGAACAUACUCCCUCGGCCCUGGCCAUCAUGGAAAAUGCCAAUGUUCUGGCCCGUUAUGCCAGCAUCUGCCAGCAGAAUGGCAUUGUACCCAUUGUGGAGCCUGAAAUUCUCCCUGAUGGGGACCAUGACUUGAAGCGCUGCCAGUAUGUUACUGAGAAGGUCCUGGCGGCUGUCUACAAGGCUCUGAGCGACCACCAUGUCUAUCUGGAAGGCACAUUGCUGAAGCCCAACAUGGUCACCCCUGGCCAUGCUUGCACCCAGAAAUUUUCCAAUGAGGAGAUUGCCAUGGCAACGGUCACAGCACUUCGUCGCACAGUGCCCCCUGCUGUCACUGGGGUCACUUUCCUGUCUGGAGGGCAGAGUGAGGAAGAGGCAUCCAUCAACCUCAAUGCUAUCAACAAGUGCCCCCUGCUGAAGCCAUGGGCCUUGACUUUCUCCUAUGGUCGAGCCCUGCAGGCCUCUGCUCUAAAGGCCUGGGGUGGGAAGAAGGAGAACCUGAAGGCAGCCCAGGAGGAGUACAUCAAGCGCGCCCUGGCCAACAGCCUCGCUUGUCAAGGAAAGUAUACCCCAAGUGGCCAGUCUGGAGCCGCAGCCAGUGAAUCUCUCUUCAUCUCUAACCAUGCCUACUAACCAGAGCUGAACUAAGGCUGCUCCAUCAACACUCCAGGCCCCUGCCUACCCACUUGCUAUUGAAGAGGGGUCUUCAGGCUCUUUCCCAUCACUCUUGCUGCUGCCCUCGUGUGCGGUGUUGUCUGUGAAUGCUAAAUCUGCCAUCCCUUCCAGCCCACUGCCAAUAAACAACUAUUUAAGGGGGA